AUGGACGCAAUAUCCCCCGUUCCAGACCAGGCACCUCACAAUGAACGCAUUCCUGCCGCCGACUCCAACCCAGACCUCUCCAACGAAAUUAGAGACGACAUCCGCAACGAGGAGCCUAUUCCUGGCAGCAACUUUGCGUUUACACCCUCCCAACUUCAUAAACUCCUUACUUACCGCAACCUAAUCGCCCUCGAUGUCUUCGGUGGUAUUCGUGGCCUCGCCGCUGGACUGCGAACCGAUGUCGACAGUGGUCUCAGCAUCGACGAGACAGGGCUCCAAGGCAAAGUCUCCUUCGACGAGGCUGUUGCUGCCGGCGAACAUGGCCGUGCCGCCGCCUUGCGUGCCAUGACUACCGAACCCGAGCCUCCAUCACGGCACCUUACUCUUCGCAUUGGAGAAGAGCAGCCCGAGCCCGCAUACGUCAAUCGUAAGCGCAUCUUUGGCGCCAAUCGCCUGCCGCGGCGAAAGCAAAAGUCCUUUCUCAGACUCAUGUGGAUAGCUUACAAUGAUAAGCUUCUCAUUCUUCUGAGUAUAUCCGCCGUCAUCUCCCUCGCCAUCGGUAUCUACCAAUCGGUCGACGUCGGCGAAGGAGGCUCCAACAUUGAAUGGGUGGACGGUGUUACUGUCGUCGUUGCCAUUGUCGUCAUUGUCUUAGCCAGCGCUGCGACGGACUGGCAGAAGAACCACAAAUUCGAAAAGUUAAACGAACGAAAAUCACAACGAGACGUCCCCGUUGUGCGCUCCGGCCGAGUCCAGCAUGUUUCCGUAUACGAGGUCAUGGUUGGUGACAUCAUGCACAUUGAGGCUGGCGAAGUCAUUCCCGCCGAUGGUGUGUUGGUCAAGGGUUCGGGUCUGUACAUUGACGAAUCCUCUGUUUCUGGAGAAGCCGGAAUGGUACAGAAGACUAUCCCCAGCGACCAUGACUCUGCCCAUGCGACAAACGCAGACCCGUUCAUUUUCAGCGGAACGACGGUAACAAGAGGCGUUGGUCGUUUCGUUGUCACUUCUGUUGGCGCCAAUUCCAUGUUCGGUAGAACGCUCAUGUCUCUACGCGAAGAUGUCGAAGAAACACCACUACAAGCGAAACUCGGCCGACUCGGUAAACAACUUAUUAUGUUUGGUGCUGCUGCCGGCUCCGUUUUCUUCUUUAUCCUCUUCGUCCGAUUCCUCGUUAACCUUAAAUACUUGACAACAAUAAACGACGAUGGUCAAGAGGUGCCUGCUGGUCCUUCUCAAAAGGCCGAAGCUUUCUUCCGUAUCUUCAUGUUGGCCAUUGCGGUCGUUGUCAUUACCGUCCCAGAAGGCUUGGCCCUCAACGUCACAGUUGCGCUCGCCUUUGCAACGAAAAGAAUGUUGCGAGAUAACAACUUGGUCCGCCUUAUUCGGUCCGUCGAAAUCAUGGGUAAUGCAACCAGUAUUUGCUCCGAUAAAACCGGCACUCUGACGCAGAACAAAAUGACUGUUGUUGCUGGUCGCGUAGGCAUGGACGCCUCGUUUGACGACAGCGAAAUGCUACAAGACAUGGAUGGCGGUGUGCGAACCACAACAGUAAUGAAGGGAGAUACGUCCAGCAUGAUGGUGACCAGUCUAUCUUCCGAACUGAAAGAGUUGCUCAAAGAUAGUAUUGCCAUUAACUCAACAGCUUUUGAAAGCGAUGAGUCUAAGGCGGCAGAGUUCUUUGGUUCAAGCACGGAGACUGCUCUACUUAAAUUUGGCCGCGACCAUCUUGGCAUGAACCCUCUUCGAGAGGAACGUGCAAACUGCCCUACUUUGACAAUGCUUCCUUUUGACUCCUCCCGAAAGUGGAUGGCUGUCCUUAUCAAGCUAGCAGACGGCAAAUACCGUUUGCUUGUCAAAGGAGCUGCUGAAGUUGUCUUUGAAUAUUGUGCUUAUUAUGUUGCUGAUCCGACAUAUCGAAUCAUGACUGAUCGCCUCUCUGAGGAAGACCGAGCAACUUUCCGCACCUCCAUCCAAGAAUACGCCAACGCCAUGCUACGACCUGUGGCUAUGGCCUUUCGAGAUUUUGAUGCGUCCGAAGUUUUUGAAAACCCCGAUGAUGAUCCUGCUACCAUCAAUCUAGAAUGGCUCGCAUCUGGCUUGGUCUUUCUUGGCGUAUUUGGUAUUCGUGACCCUCUCCGACGAGAGGUACUUGACUCUGUGCGCAUUUGCCAGAAUGCAGGUGUGUUUGUGCGCAUGGUUACGGGCGACAACUUCAUCACUGCAAAGGCAAUUGCAGGGGAAUGUGGCAUAUACACUCCUGGUGGCAUUGCCAUGGACGGUCCUACAUUUCGCCGGCUGUCUCCUGCCCAAAUGGACAUUGUCGUUCCUCGUCUCCAGGUCCUUGCCCGAUCAAGCCCUGAAGAUAAGCUGCUUCUUGUAUCCCAUCUGAGGGGUAUGAACGAGACAGUGGCUGUGACAGGUGAUGGUACCAACGAUGCUCUUGCUCUCAAAGCUGCCGAUGUGGGUUUUGCUAUGGGUAUUCAAGGAACUGAGGUUUCCAAAGAGGCCGCUUCCAUUAUUCUUCUCGAUGACAACUUUACUUCCAUUGUUAAAGGUCUCAGCUGGGGCCGAACCGUCAACGAUGCAGUCAAGAAGUUUUGUCAGUUUCAGUUUACCAUCAACAUCACUGCCGGUAUCGCGACUGUUAUCACUGAGCUUGUUGGAGAGGAGGAUAACAUGUUUGACAUUGUUCAGCUUUUGUGGAUUAACCUCAUCAUGGAUGUGUUUGCCUCGCUGGGUCUCGCCACUGACCAUCCGUCGCCGGACUUCUUGAAGCGAAAACCCGAGCCUCGAGGCGCCCCUAUUGUCACCAUUACCAUGUGGAAGAUGAUCCUCUGCCAAGCCAUUUAUCAACUGCUAGUCGUCUUCUUGGUGCACUACGUAGGCAAAGAUCUAUUCACCCCCGACAACACAGGCGAAUACCCUCAGCUCCAGACUCUUGUGUUUAACAUUUACGUCUGGAUGCAGUUCUUCAACCAACACAACUGCAGACGCGUUGACAACAAGCUUGAUAUUUGGUACCAGGGAGUGCUUCGCAACCCCUGGUUCCUCGGCGUCCAGGCCCUGACCUGCGUUGGUCAGUUCGUUAUCAUUUUCAAGGGCGGUGAGGCAUUUAACACCGUCCCAUUGACUGGUGCCCAGUGGGGAUGGAGCAUACUCUUUGGUAUCAUAACAAUUCCCCUCGGAGCUCUCAUUCGCCAAAUUCCAGACCGCUGGGUGCUUUCGCUCUUCCGAGCCAUCAGAAGCGUCUGGCGAGUGCUCAUUUCGCCGUUGCGCGCUUGCUGGGGCCGCGUAUGGACUCAGCGCCGCAAGAAGAGCGAUGCUGAGAACGAACCCGAGACUGCCGUUGACAACGUCGUUGCUCGCACGGAGCGUGUUUUCCGCCAGCAUAUUGGCGAAGAAAUGCCUGAAAUGACAGAGGAGCAGCGCGCUGCCCUUGCCAUUGCCGCCCAGCGCCGCGCAUCCAUCCAGAACCCCGAGGCAGAGGUUGAUCUUCAAGCUCUCGUUGAUGCUGCCAAGCUCGGCCGAAGCAUUCCACGAGAAGUCUUUGAGAUCCAUCCAGGAACUGCCAAGGAGGAUCCCAUUCUCACACCGCGAAAGAACCUGUCCGUGCCUCCCAGCCAGGAUGAAAGCAUUCUUCGAUACUUACAGCGCGAGGACGAGCCUACUCAGAACCGCAGACGAAAGCGCGUGCCCGCCCGAAGCGUGUGGGUUGAGCAACCACGCAGAACAGGGACGCAGCAGCACCCCAAGGCCAGAAAUGGAUUCACCUGGGAAGCAUUUCUGCGAUCCAAGCGAAGAUAAAACCCAAAUAACCCCUCUGGACCCUCUUCGAUAUCAUCUCUCUCAUUUACGCCUACUAUAACCUCUAUCUUAAUCCCUUUACGGUCUACAUUUUGUCUCUUCAAAAGGCGUAAUCCUCUUUUACUGUUCGUCUUUUACAUGGAUAUAUUUGGUAGUGUGGCAAUCGUGCUGCUCUGGAUUUGUUUGUAUAAAAUGAAGGGGAUUGACCAUGUGAAUAGAUAUCAUCUUUUAUAUUUAAUGAAAUGUACAUGUUUUCCUGUUUGGAAUCUAUUU